UGACCGGACGUUUCUAUAUCCAGGCGGAAGUGGAGGGAGAGCGCGCAGACGUCAUUACAGCGUGUUUUCUUUUGCUUCUAAAGCUUCUCUAAAUAUCGGUAAUUUAUCAUUUUUCGGAAGAAUAAACGAUGUCUGACAACGAGGACAACUUCGACGACGGAGACUUCGAUGAUGCGGAAGAGGAUGAUGGAUUAGAUGAUUUGGAGAACGUAGAGGAUGAAGACCAGGAGAAUGUGCAGAUAUUGCCAGCUGGGGAAGGACAACAGGCGAAUCAGAAAAGAAUAACCACGCCAUACAUGACCAAGUAUGAGCGAGCGCGAGUCCUGGGAACCAGAGCCUUACAGAUUGCCAUGUGCGCCCCAGUCAUGGUGGAGCUGGAGGGAGAGACUGACCCACUUCAAAUCGCCAUGAAGGAGCUCAAGAGCAGGAAGAUUCCCAUCAUCAUCAGGCGGUACCUCCCUGAUGGCAGCUAUGAGGACUGGGGCUGUGAUGAACUCAUCAUAACAGACUGAGCUGAAUACAGCUGAACAGCCCACCCUCCCUCUGAAGAACCAGAGACGGGUCCCUCAAAACAAAAACAAACUGAACUCUAGCUGUUGUGGAAAAAACCAAGUGUGGAAAAGAGGCACGUUGCCAUCCUGUUAACUCCCCGUGUUGCCACAAACGGAGGUCAUCCAUGUGUGUCACACCAAGCAAACUGAAACGGUGUUGUGUUUGUGAGGCCUCUCGACUAAUCAGUGGCAAGUGUAAACCCUGAGCACGCAACAUGGAAGCUGCACCAUCACGCUUCGUCCACUAGGGGGACUUUUGAAUCAGGAGAAGAGCAGCGGUGUAAAGUGCAUAUGUGUGGAAUAGUUUUGUGUUUCAUUUAAGUUUUAAGUGGUUAUUAAACAUUUUUGUAAGAAAUUUA